UGUGUGAUGGUCAGACUGAAGAAAGCAGCGUCCAACGGAAAUCUUCUCAUGUGGAUAUAAUAAUUGUAUUUUAAUACGAAUUUAAAAGAAAACUUCAAGAUGGAUAUGCUUAUCCAGAAUAAUACCCAACAGAACACAACUGUUCCAACUGAGAACUGGACAUCUGUCUACUCAGCUGUGAGGUGGAUUCAAAUGGUAAUGGCUAUUCUAAGCAUUUUAGGCUCAGGCUCCAUAAUCUUCUAUGCCUUGUUCCAGAAACUUGUACGAACAUCUGAGGUGCAGCCUCUGUUCCUGCUGAGUUUAACAGACAUGCUGCUGGCUGCUAGCUGGCUGUGUGGUGCUCUGCUCUUCACCACCUCCUGUGACUCGUAUGCCACCUGCUACAACCUGCACACCGUGGAGCAGUUCUUCUACAUAGCAUCAUUUUUCUACACCCUGAACUACGUGUGGGUGCUCUACACUGGCCUGAUGGAGAAGUAUAACCGGAGGCUGAGCGGCCUUCCUGCCCAGCAUCCAGCUCAAGGAAAGCCAUGCAGACACCUGGCAGUAGUUCUGUCAUUUGUCUUGCCGUUGCUGUUGACGAUGCCAGUCUUCAUAACAGGAAAUGUGGACUUGUGUUAUGUAAACUUCACCCAGCCCUACAAAUGUCUGCUGCUGUACACCGGUGCACUCUUCCUAACCUCGUCAGUAAGUGAUGUGAUCCCAUCCUGCAAGAUCAUUAGUGACUACACCAUCACCAUCUUCCUCUUCACCUUCGUGAUCACCUUCAUAGGGAUUGUGGUGUUCAUGUUUAAAGCUCGUUCCUUGUACAAGCGCUUUGUUACAUCCAGCGGUUUCCUGGCUGACCGUCAGUGGGCCACGCUUCGAGUGUUGGAGCGGCGUAUGUUCCUUUACCCUGCAGUUUUCUUUUUCUGCUGGGGACCAGCAAUUCUCCUGGCCACCCUGAUGUUAUUUAAACCAGAGGAAGUGAAGGGACGGAUGGGAGUUAUCCUGUAUAUCUCACAGGCCUUCACCUCCGCCUCUCAGGGUUUACUGAACUGUAUAGUGUACGGCUGGACGCAGCAGCAUUUCCGCUCCCUGAGCAGCUCUGGGAUGCGGGAUGUCGACACACAGACGCCGCUGCUUCGCUCACAGAAACGGACUUACGCUGCCCUCCGCUCGUCCGGCUCUCAGCUGCAGAAUAUCUGAGGAACAUCUGAGAAACAGUGAUAGAUUAAAAAAGCACUUCAACACCCCGGCCUAAUCUCCUAACAGCCUUGUGCCUCCAAGACAUCAUGCGAUUCUGUGGGCAAAGUGCACUAUAUUUUUCUAGGAGACUUCUGAGGUCGCGCAGGGGUCAGCAUACCUGUUACGAUGGCAACAGCACCAGAUGGCCUUAUCAGCCUUAUCUGAGACAGGCCUAAGCGAGACGAAAUGAGGAAGGUUUCCAGCGCUGGUAUUGUUUUGAGUUCUGUUGCUGCACCUGCUGCCUGAAAGCUAAAGCGAGGGAAUUCCUCUCCGGUGACUGAAGCUAUAUUUGUACACUGCACAAUCAUUUUCAAAUAUGCACAGAGACUGAAGACUGAGAUAUGACCUGUUCCUUCACUCUGCAUUAUUCAAUAUCACUAUUACUCUGUAUGAUAACUGACAGAAAGAGAUGAAAGUCUGCUAAGGUGAAAUGCGUCAUGGGGACUAUGGGGUUUCACAGCACUUUAGUUUUAGACUGAAAAGCAGGAACCUACCGAAAAGUGCCUCUUUUACAGUCCCACAGCAAACAUCAUACAUUUAACCAACCCAAACAGAUUCCUUUCACAGUGAGUGUGUACUCAUUCUACUGUACACACAGUAGAUCGAACACACCCACUGUUAACUCAUUUACACUUGUGUGUGAGUGUGAAAUGUGUGUAGCUAGAAAUAUAGGCCUGUCAGGAUAAUUACAUUGGGCUUGGCACGGUGGCUUAAAUGUUAUCAGCAUGUUCGCCUCCCAGCACUGGGGUCUUGGGUUCAAGUCCCUAUCUGGGUGGAGUUUCCAUGUUCUCUCUGUUUUCAUGUGAGUUUCCUCCAGGGACUCAGGUUUCCUCCUGCAGUCCUAAAAUAUGAAGAUUAGGUAAAAUUGAUAUUCUUAAUUGUCCUGGUGUGUGAAUGUGGGUAAAUAUAUAUGUGUGUGAAUGUGUGUAUGUCUGUAUGUCCAGAUAUGGUUUGGCACUGUGCUGGGUCAGCUUAUUGCCUGAUGCAGUGCGCCUGGUGGACUGUCCUUUCCGGUUGAAAGUAUAUGCUGUGUGCUAUUGGCUUUCAUUUCUCACUGUUGUCUAAAUGUACUGUAAAUAGUUGUGUGUAAAACGUGCUUGUAAAGCCUCUAGAAAGCCACUAUAGUUUCAGUGUCUAGAAAGCCGCUAUAAAAGAGUAACUUCAUUCAUUCAUUCAAUAUAUCAUAAAUAUCGAUAUAUUUAAAACAUUUUAUAAAAUAUAUAAAUAAUAUAUUUUGUAUAUUUUGACCAUUUCGUAAUACUGCAGCAGUGAUACAGAUUACAGCAAAUUAUUUAUUUAAAAAAAAGGGGGACAAAGGACAAAUUGUUGUCAAUUGUGAUAUAUUUUCAUUACGGGCAUCAAAUAUUGAUAAUUUUAUUGAAAGAU